GUUCAAUUAGUCUCGUUAUCAAGUUAUUUAUAAUGAAUGCAUACAGUAAGAAACAGAGAAAUAAAGUUUUCGUCAAGAGCGCUUUGCCGCGGAAGCAAUACCGCUACAUAAGUCACAGACUUCGCUCUUAAGCGAGAUAUCAAGCACAGAAGACAUCAUUUUUCGAUACUGUACGGGAAAAAUGUUAUACAUUAAUGUCGCCGUUUGCCUGUCAAUUCUCCUGUUUGUGAUCGGAUUAUCCGUGGGAUUUAGCGUGAAUACCUUUAAAGGUCGAGAUGCUCUCGAUUCAGCGCCUCUUAUUGAUGGCCAUAACGAUUUACCGUACAAUUUCUAUCAAAUCUUGAGCAACAACUUGUCAGCUUUCCAUUUCGAAAAAGAUCUAAGGAAUGACAGUGUCUGGGGCAGUAACGCUUGUUCCUCAUGUUUCACUGAUUUGCCUCGCUUAAAUGCAGGAAAAGUGGGUGGACAAUUCUGGGUGGCAUAUACACUGUGUGAAUCGCAAUACAAGGAUUCUGUACAAUUAACAUUGCGGCAGAUCGAUGUGAUCAGGCGAUUUAUUCAGCGAUAUCCGGCCAACUUGCAACUAGUCACAGAGGCGAAAGAUAUUGAGACCACAUGGAGGAAUGGCAAAAUAGCAUCUAUGAUAGCCGUUGAGGGCGGUCACUCGCUAGAUUCGAGUUUAGCCAUCUUGAGACUCUACUAUGAUCUCGGUGUUCGUUACGUUACCCUGACACACACCUGCAAUACACCGUGGGCUGAUGCAUCGAUCGUGGAUGCCGGAUAUGUAUACAAUCUAACAGAAUUUGGACAAACAGUGGUUUACGAGAUGAAUCGAAUUGGAAUGUUGGUCGACCUGUCUCAUGUCUCUCACAAUGUUAUGAGAGAAGUGCUCGCAAUAACAAAAGCUCCCGUCAUAUUCUCGCAUUCGUCCGCUUUCAGUGUUUGCAGACAUUACAGGAAUGUUCCUGAUGAUGUCCUGCACUUAGUUAAAAAAAACAAUGGUAUCGUUAUGGUGAAUUUCUAUAGCGAUUUUGUAAACUGUAAUUCUUCCAGAAAGGCAACGCUGCAGGAUGUCGUAGAUCAUAUAAAUCACAUUCGAAAUCUUAUCGGAGUGGACCAUGUUGGUAUCGGCGGAGAUUAUGAUGGUGUAUCGUCAAUGCCGAUAGGCUUGGAAGAUGUCUCGAAGUAUCCCGACCUGUUUGAUCGUUUAUAUGAGAAUCGAGAAGGAGAACCAACAUGGACCAGAGAAGAUUUAGAAAAACUGGCUGGGAGAAAUUUCAUUCGCGUUUUCCAAGCAGUAGAAGCGAUACGAGACUCUUUAUCAUCCGAAGCACCUCGAGAAGAUGUUAUAACGGGAAACGAAUUAUACAUUGCGCAAAAAAGAGAAGGACUUAAUCCAGGCGCAUGUCAAACUGCAAAGGAAUGGAAUAAUGUAAAUGCAACAUCAGAUGUAGAAGAAAAGACUUCAGAAUUGAAUGUAUCAAGAAUAGGAAGAAAACUAUUAGGAAUGAAACAUCAAUAUUCAAUGUUGACUGAAGUGGAAGGUUGUUAAAGUAAAUAUAUGUGAAAGCAUGUUAAAAUAUGUGAUAUUUCAUUAAGACAUAAAUAAUAUUAAAAAGCAAAAUAUAAAAAUA